AUGCAGCUCUACCUCGCUCUCGCCAUUCCCGUACUCUUGGCAACAGCAUGGCUGUACACCGCGCAGGUCACACGGACUUCCCUCCCCAGUCUCCGUAACAAGCGCAUCUGCCUUCUCAUCGCCCAUCCCGAUGAUGAAGCAAUGUUCUUCUCUCCUACACUGCUCGCCCUGACGGCCCCGGAAACGGGCAACCAUGUCAAGAUCCUCUGUCUGAGCAGUGGGAAUGCAGAUGGCCUCGGAGAGAUCCGCAAGCAAGAACUCGCUGCCUCAGGUGCAAUGCUCGGUCUCCGCUCCGCCUCUGACGUCCUUGUUAUCAAUGAUCGAAAGUUUCCGGACAGCAUGACAACCACAUGGCCGGCAGACAAGAUCGCCCAAAUAUUGUCUUCCGCUUUCAGUCCUGUUUCCAAUUCCACGAAAAAGAACUCACCAUCUGAUGAGCCCACUUCUACCAUUGACACCCUGAUCACAUUCGACGCUCGUGGAAUAUCAUCCCACCUGAAUCAUAUCUCUCUGUACCACGGCGCGCGGCAUUGGCUAUCUUCGCUUAUGGCGGGAAAGUCGGGUUGGAAGUGUCCUGUCGAGUUGUACACCCUCACAACUACCAACAUCUUGCGAAAAUACAUCAGCGCCUUCGAUGCGCCUGUGACAAUGGUACUGGGAGGGUGGAGAGCGGCGGGAAAGGCACAGAGAAAGGGGAAGGAGGAGCCACCUAGUCUGUUGUUCGUGAGUGAUUUUGGGCAGUGGAGGAGAGGACAGAGUGCAAUGGUGAAAGCCCAUAAGAGCCAGAUGAGGUGGUUUAGGUGGGGAUGGAUAGGGAUUGGCAGGUAUAUGGUGGUAAAUGAUUUGAAGCGGGAGAUCAUUACAUGA